CAGCAUCAGUACCAUACGAACUGAAGUUUAAUCAACUAGUUUCACUGCAAACUACAACUUAUAAAGACAUAAGCAAAAAUGCCUUGCUUAAACGCGAUUGUGCUUGCCCUGGCCACUAUUGCCAUUGCUCAGAUAAACGCUAUUCCAGUUUACGAAGAUUCCAAUGGUAACCAAUAUUAUUUAGUACCGGUAGGUGCUGUGCAACCUCAGGAAAACCAUAGACAUGUCAGAUCGGCAAAUCCUCAACGUGAAACCACUUAUGACAUUGGCAACCAGCACGUUGGACUUGGUCAAAAAUACACAUUUGUCGACAACGAUAAACACCAAUUCUCUGCGAAUGCAUAUGGCGGACGUGAUUUUGGACCCAAAGGUCCUCUGACUACUGGACAAGGUGCUGAAUAUCUCCAUAAACCAUCAGGCAGCAACUUUCAAGUAAACGCUGAGAAUACACGCGGUGCUGGUACCGACCUCAAAGCUUCCGGCACUUACAACUUCUUCCAGACCCAGGACAAACGCGGUCGUGUUGGUGUUGCCGGCGAGUACGAGCGUCAUUACGGAGGACGAGGUGGUACCACUGAUCCUAAAUACAAUGUUCUUCUUAAAGGAAGCUAUGAUUUUUAAAUAGGCUCUAUCAAAAAUGUUUCCUAAAGCUUUAAUAUUUAUUAUACUAAUGCAUAAAUCUUAAAAUGAAAUAAAAAAUAAAAGAAUAUUGAGAA